AUAAAACGGCCUCUCAAUGCAUUCAUGCUCUACCUGCAAGACAAAAGGGAGGACUUGAGGAUAAUUUACUCAAACCCGGCCACCCUCCAUUCCAUGGUCGGUCAGUGCUGGAGAAUGGAAACGCCAGAAGUUAAGAAAAAAUAUCAAAGAAAAAGUGAAAUUGAAAAAGAAAUUCACAAAAAAAUGAACCCGAACUACAAAUUUCAACCAAAAAGGAAG